GGUCGAUCCAGCGGGUUAGCGGCAAAGCCCAUCCCACACCGCUCUGGUUCUGACGAACCCCUUUGCCGCCGCCGCCGCCGCCGCCGCAGUCUUUGCUUUUCCGGUGAAAGGUUUUUUGCUUAGGGGACCAUGGAGGAGUACGGAGGGGGAGACCUCCUGAGCGAGGCUAUGGGAUCUGCGGCGCGGGUGGUGGUGGUAGAGGACUGCGUGGAGGCACCAGGGGCCUUCGUCCUCCACCUCCUCCUCAAGCGCGCGCUCGCCAGCGGCGGCGCGGCUGCCUUCCUCGCCCUCGCGCAGCCCUUCUCCCAUUACGACCGCGUCCUGCGCAAGAUGGGUUGUAACCUUUCCCUGCAUAGGAGGAACGAGAGGCUUCAUUUCUUUGAAUUGCUAGGAUUCCCAGGUGGAGCAAGGGAAGGCACAAUUGCUGAUAGGUUUGUUCAAUUGUACAAUGAAAUUCAAAGACUGGUGGAGGCAAACAGGACUGGAGAAAAUGCAGGCCAGUUCACCGUCAUUAUAGAUGACGCUUCCCUGUUGGAAAUUGUGGCCCUUGGUUCUGUAAAUGAUGUACUGGAUUUCUUGCACUAUUGUUUUGCACUCACGUCUGAGAUGAAUUGCACACUAGUGGUUCUCAUCCACGAGGAUAUAUAUGCAGACGAAGAGAACAUUGGUCUCCUUUUACAUCUGCGCUACAUUGCUGAUCUUGUGAUUAAAGCAGCACCUUUGAGCACUGGUUUGGCUGCUGAUGUUCAUGGACAGCUGUCGGUGGUGAACAAGGGUACAUUCGGCGAGCAAAGGGCAAAAGCACAGAAAGUUUGGAACUUCCAUUUCAAAGUGAAGGAAAACGGUGCUGAUUUCUUCUAUCCAGGGACUAGACAUUAGGGAGUACUUAGGCCGUGUUUACUUCCUCAACCAAAACAUUUCGUUACACUGUAGCUUUUUCGUUUGUUUGUGGUAAUUAUUGUCCAACCAUGGACUAAUUAGGCUCAAAAGAUUCGUCUUGUCAAUUUCGACCAAACUAUGUAAUUAGUCUUUAUUUUUAUCUAUAUUUAAUACUCCAUGCAUACGUCUAAAGAUUCGAUGUGACGGGGAAUCUUGAAAAAUUUUAGUUUUUUGGGAGGAAGUAAACAAGGCCUUAUAUUGCAGUAGAAACGACUUGGUUGUGAUAACGGGUGCUGCUAUGUUUCGUGUACCGUCUGAUAAGCACAGCAGCAUUUCAGUAAA